AUGGAAAAUAAUACAUUGUCAUUUACAUUCCAUAUUCUUUUGCCAGAGAACAUUGAAAGAAAUGGACAACCUGUAAUUCUUGGCGAUGUAAAAGAAUUAGGAUCCUGGAAAAAUCCUAUCGUAAAACUUCGUCAACCAUUUCCUCAAAAUCUAACAUAUUGGAAAUCCGAUCCAGUUACCAUUUCGGUAUCAAAUUUUGAAAAAAUCCAAUAUAAGUAUGCUAUUCAUACGUCUAAAUCUAUGUUAUUUGGAGGAGAAGAAAAAAUUGAAUUUGAAGGAAUUGAUUCUCAAGACAAUCGCACGUUGAAUAUUGAAAUAAAUGAUCAAUUUGAUAUAUGGAAAAUGCAUGGAUUUGCUUUUGUAGACUAUAUUUAUGAUUCUAUCGAGGCUAAUAACUUUAAAGACAAAGUUGUGGAAUAUCAACGUUUAUUAACUUUUCACAAUGAUCUAACGAUACGCGCUUCAAAUCCAAAAUUUAUUAUCAAUCAAAUUAAUAAUGACCUUAAAGAAAAACGGUUAUUCUUAUGUAUUCUCUUAGGGUAUUAUGUUUCAAAAAGAGAGGUUUCUCCUCGUGAAUUGCCAAAGAAUUUCCCAUCUAACUUAUUGCUUAAUGCACUUGAGAAUUAUAAGCAAGAAAUUUUACCUUUAGGCACUAAAGAUCAAAUGUAUACUGCUAUCAUAACUUUAAUCAAGCAUAAUGCUUUUCAGAUGAAAUUUGAUUGGCUCAUUAUUUUUAAAAUUAUGAUUGAAGUUGAUCCCAAUUGUACUUUUAUUAAGCAUUUAAAAGCUUUAAAAUAUUCUGAUGAAAAUUUAGCAAAAUUUAUUGAAAGAUGUAAAAUCAUUAAAAUUUAUACUGAGAAUAUUAAAUUAGAAUCUUACGUUGUAAUCGCAAAGUGGUUAAUCCAAUUAUGUUACGAUAUUGACUCUCUUUUAAAAAUUUGGAAUGAUGUUCUUAUUCAUAACGACGAAAUUGAUUAUAGUCUUUUUGAGUGUUUUAUUGGACAAAUUAGUGAUGCUGUUGCCUUAGAAUUCUACUUUAGAAGCCUUUCAAAAGAUUAUCAAGACCGUGUUUCAGGAAUUGUCCCAAAUCAAGUUAUAUCUUUACUUUUAAGUCCAAAUAAAAAGUGGACAUAUGAAAAUAUCGAUGCUAUUAAAAAAUUACUUCACGAUAAUAAUCUGGAUUGGCACAAAGAUAAAGUUAUUCAAUCAUUGGAGCUAAUAUCUCAGUCACAUACUUUGGAAUUAUUAAAAAUAUUUCCUGAAAUUUUAGACGAUUGGUUCCGUAGUGAUUUUUCAGAUACCAAAGAGAAAAAGAUACCAAAAAUUUGUGUAAUUUGGUUUAAAAAUCUUCUCUCCAAACUCGAUACAAGCACAAGUAAUAAAAACGAGAGCAAUUUUAUUUUUUUGGUAUUUCAACAAUUAGAUCUUAUGUAUCCUUUGCUUAAUCAAAGAAUUAAUAUUUGGCGAGAUUUAACAGCAAUUGCCAUAGAUAGAGUGAAGAAUUGUUCAGAAGAUCGAAUCUUUGCUGCAACAAAAUUAAUAGUACAAAUAAAGCAAGAUGAUGUUAAGAAACUAUUUGUAGAGAUUGUAAAGGACAUAUUUAAUAAGUCUGCUCUACAAACUCAUAAUCAGUUUUUAAAUAAGAUACGCAUUAUUUGCGAUUGCGAAACCAGGCCUCUAGACGUUCCAAAUAUGAUGAGCGAAGAUAUUUUAUAUCAUAUUAUGAAUAGAUUAGAAAGCCAAUCGACUGUAUCCAGCUCUUCAGAUCAUUAUUUGAAUAUUGUAAAGAUUAGUAAAUUUUGGAAUAUCAUAUUACGCGCUACUGGAAGCGUCGCAAAACUUAACUCAAAUCCAUUUGUUAAAAAUAUUAAAACGUCAAUUAACGAACUUGCUGGAUUCCUUCUUGAAAAAACUAUUGAUGUCCAAUUAUUGCGACAAAUUUUGAAAUAUGAUGACGAAUAUCUAUUUCGACAUUUUGAUGCGGCUGUUGAUAAGAAGAAAGCAUUGGGAGACAUAUGUAAUAAUUAUCAAAAUCAACUCGAUGUACUUUCCAAAUUUUAUAACGGAUUUUGUCCAAACGAUAAAGUAACAGAUGUAGCUGAUUAUAUUCGAGAUUUAAAACAACAUUUGCAAAAUUCAGAUAAAACAAAGGUGAAACAAGUGCUCUUAUCAGAUCAUUGGGCAUUCCAUGAGAAAACUAUGGACAGUGCAAGAAAUUGCUACAAAUUUAAUCGAUCUCAAGCUUUUCGAAAUAUCUUCGAUUUUUGUAUUAAGGAAGACGCUGCUGCAAUAAACGUAGAAUACAUAGCACAAAAUUUAAUUCCAAUCGUUUUUGAAAAGUAUAAUGCUAUGUGUAAACAACUUAAGGAUUGGGAAAAGCUGAAAUGUUCAGAAACAUCUUUGCUUUGGAAAAAUGUCACAGAUGUUAAUUCAGAGCUUGAUUUGAUGGAAGACUAUAAAAUUUCCAAAAGUCAAAUAUUUGUGCAGACCCUUGAUUAUCUUACAAAAAUUCCUCAUUGGAUCCAACGACUUGAAGAGCUAGAAAGUGUCGUGGAAAUGGAAUUCUUCAAAGUACCACAUGAUGAAGAUGAUUGGCUAUCAAAAUCAAUUGGUAUUUUAAAAGAUGAUUCCGUGAAACUUAGCACCUUGAAUAAUUUUUUCGAUUAUCUUGAUAAGAAUCUUUCUAAUGUCAAUCAAGAUUGUUGGAAAUUGAUAAAAGAGCUAUCAAGCGCUAAAGAAUUUUUGAGUUUCUUAAAGAAAAUUGCCGAGCAUAAUAUUAAAAAUCUGUUUAUUGGUGUGGAUGACUAUUCGGAUGAAGGAUUGAUCCAAGAGGAUACUGUUUCCUCUCUCAUUCAAGUUGGGCAAUAUUUAUUACCUUUUAUGAAGAUUAAUUAUUGGGAAGGUAUUACUGGUUUUUUAGCUUCGUUAUCAGAUGUUGUGAACAAGAAUCCUACGUUAGGAAAAAAGAUUGCGUUAUGUAAUAGUAGCAAUAUGGCAUUGCAAAAUAUGUACAAUAAUAUUCAAAACAGUGAAGAAGUAACUAGAGAGAAAAUCAAAAAUGCUGUACUUAAUGGAACCUUUACAUUUACACGUGACCGAAAAGAAGACAAGUGUUUAGUUUCUUUACAAUAUCCCUCUAAAUCUAAUGUGAAAUAUAAUCUAAACGAAAUUUUAGAUUUACGUGGACAGGCUCUUUUGAUUGCAAAACCAAAAAAUACAAACAACAAAGAGGCAGAAAUGUCCAAAGAUGUUAUGGAUAAAUUUGUUGCCCAAGUCGAUAUUGCACAAGAAAUAAUUAAUAUAGUAUCCAUGUUGAUACAAAUGGGACAUUUUGGUUAUAGAAAGUUUGAAAAUAAAUUACAAGGAACGGAUAAUAUGAGAGAUUACCUGAAAUUUUUAAAGGAAGAACUUAAAAAUUGGCAAAAUAUAGUAGAUCGUGCACAACAAAGAUGUUUUUAUUUAACGUUCUUCCCCGCUUGUCACAUUUUAGCAUUCUAUGAUUAUUUUACAUCAGAAAAAUUAGAUAAGGGUAAUGAAGAAGAAUGCAAAAUAUUGAUUAGAUUCGUAAACAGUAAAGCACAAUUACCAUCAACUCGUAGAGAUAUGCAAAAAAUUUUACGUGAAUCCAAAAAUUAUCUUGAAAUUCUUACCGAAAUUGGAAAUGAAUUAGAAAGAAUUUUUAGAAACGUUCCAAAACAAUCUCGUAAACCUAAAGCUGCUGGGCAACGCGUAAUGUCAGAUCUAGUUAGAAAGGGCGAAAUAUUCGUCGCUUCUUAUACUGACAAAACACGAGUUCCAAAUAUUAUCAUGUCAUUAUAUGCUAAUCAUGGAUAUUACCCCGAACCGUGGCAACUCUUGAUAUGUACUUCCUCAACUACAAUGGAAGAACUAACUAUUUUUAUUAAAAGAAGUUUUUAUGCAUCAAAAAAUGGAUAUGAAAUUCACUUAUUUUGUAUUGUAAAUUUGGAAUUAUUGGAAAUUGAAUUACAAUAUAAUUUAGCUAACCAAAUUAGAUCAAUGCAAGAUCAAAAGGACUAUCUUUUAGCACUCAUUUUCUGCAGAGAAAAUGGAGUCCAUCAUCGUAUUUUAGAUCAAUUCUCUUCAGAUGUUAAGGAAACUAAUGGAUUAAAUAAUGAUUCAAUGAGAGGAAUUUAUAGAGAAUUGUGUCAGAAUGUCAUACGCGUUUCUUCUGAUUUAUCAGGACAGGGCAAAACUGAAUGGAUUAAAGAAUAUAGUUUCAGAAAAAAGAAAGUUCCUCGUAGCUUUUUAAUAAGCGAUGAUACGCAGUUUGGCAGGCUUGUACGUCAAUUCAAAGAAUGUAAACUCCGACCUGUUGAAAGUCUGCAUAUCAAUAUAGUAUCAGCUAACUAUCCUGGAGACGUUAAUAUGUUUUUAUUUAAGUUAUUAACUUUGGGUAUGGUUUCUACAAAUGUUGAUAUAGCUUGUCUGCCUCCAUCAGAAACACCCACACAUAUAUUUAUCGAAAUAGCUUCAACUACAGAACAGAAUCUACUUAAUUCUCUUCCUAUGGCAGGAUAUUUAUUGUUUAAUCAUAUAUCUUGGAAUAUUAAGAAUUUGAAAGCCUCUCAAGAAAUCAAUAGUCCAAUUCAGAUUACUUGUCAUUAUUUAAAUUUAUUGGAUCGUAAUAAUAUAGAUUCAAAAGAGAUCCUCUUCCGGACAGAUAAAGCAAUUAAAGAUCCAUUACCAGUAGAACGUUGUCAAAAUCUUAUUGAAAAAUACUUCUUUAAUAAAGGCAACAAAGAUACUUCUUCAUUUAGAUUUGUUGAAAUAUUUAUUAAUGUACUCGCAGAUCAAUUAGUUCGAUUUUCAUCAAAUCAAUUCUUUACUGUAGAUAAUCUCAAAUUAAUGGUAAAAGAAACUAACAUUAGAAAUCUUAUAUUAAGAACCUUAAUAGAUGUUUCAAAAGAUUUUGCAACCAUAUCUAUUAGAACAAAAGAGGCACAACUAGAAUCUACAAGUGCUAUAGAUGCUGAUGAUGGAAACGCUCGUCUUGGUAAAAUUGUUCAAUGGGACGACUUAAAUCAUCUUAUAGUAUUUUUCAAUUCUCAAAUUCCUGAUAUAAUAUCAGCUUUAUAUCGUGACAGAAAUAAAGUUCAUAAAAAUAUAAAGACUUUGUUAAAAAGUCAAGUAAUUGGUAAACAAACGAAAUGGGAAUUAGAUGAUUAUAAUUCGAUGUCUUCAAAAGCUCUUUUAUUAAAGUUAGAAUAUUUGGAACGAAGAUCAGAUCUUCCUGAAUAUGCUUUAUCUGGUGAUAACUUAAUAAAGAUGGUCUUAAUUCUUUUAAGAGCACGUGCAAACAUUCCGGUCAUAGUUUGUGGUGAAGUAGGAUGUGGCAAGACAAGUUUGAUCUCUUAUCUGGCCUUGAUGAUUGAAGUUCAAUUCCAGGCACUUUUCCUUCACGCCAGAAUCAAUGAAAAAGCUAUUGUGAUGUUCAUGAAUGAUUCUUUAGAAAAAGCAGAAAAAGGCGAGAUUUGGUUAUUUUUUGAUGAAAUUAAUACUUGCAAUUAUAUAGGUUUACUCGCUGAUUUAAUAUCCCAUCGAAUGUUUAAUGGGAAGCCAAUACACCCAAAUAUUCGUUUAUUCGCUGCUUGCAAUCCAUACCGUCUUCAUGCGAAAGCUCAAAGUGAAGCCGGUUUGACAAAUAGAGUUAAAAAAUUCGAAGAAUGGAGUCAUCUUGUUUAUCAGGUCAAACCACUUCCUGACCAAAUUUUAGAUUAUGUUUGGGACUACGGUAUUCUGAAACCAGAUGAUGAAUACAGAUAUAUUCAAAUAAUGGUUGAAAAAGAAUUAAAAACUUUAGCACACCCUGUAUUUGCAGAACUUUUAUUUGCUUCUCAAGAAUUCAUUCGUAAGGUUGAGGAACGAUAUAGUGUGAGCUUACGUGAUGUUAAACGAGCUAUAAAAUUAGUGAAAUUCUUUAAUAAUUCUCUUCAAGAUCGUCCAGUUUGGAAGAAAGAACAUACAUAUCCACCACCUGGUAAUCCAACAAUAAGGAUUAGGUCUUAUGUUCUGGCACUUAGUCUUUGUUAUCAUUUUCGUUUAUAUGAUCAAAAUUUAUGCAAACAAUAUCGUAGUGAAAUGGGGCAAAUAUUACAAAAUCACAAAGAGUAUAUAGGGGAGCAUAUGUUUUCCAAAAUUAUUCGCGAAGAACAAAAAGAUUAUAUUAACAGGAUGCAAUGUCCACCUAAUACGGCAUAUAACGAAGCUUUAUUAGAAAAUGUUUUGGUCAUUAUCGUAUGCAUUUUGACAAAAAUCCCUCUGUUUCUUAUAGAAGCAUCGGGCUCUUCAAAAUCUUUAGCAGUUCGUCUUAUAAGUUCGAAUUUACGUGGUUCUGAUUCAAGUGAUAUGUAUUUUAGAAAAUUAGCACAAGUUUACUUAAUUCCACAUCAAGGCUCUUCAUCUUCAACUUCUGAAGGUAUUAUAAAAGUUUUUGAGAAGGCAAAUAAAUUUCAGAAGACAACUUCCAAACAAUUUCCUGUUGCUAGUGUUGUUUUACUUGAUGAAGUUGGGUUGGCUGAAACAAGUCCUUUCAAUCCAUUAAAAGUACUUCACUCUUUGCUUGAACCAAGUUAUCCAGAUACAGGGCCAACUGUUUCAGUGAUAGGAAUAUUUAAUUGGCGCUUAGACAUCAGUAAAAGUAGUCGUGCAUUACUUGUUCAAAGACCACAAUUUAAUUUGAAUGAUUUAGUCGAUACUGCCGAACGUUUAUUAAAUACUAGAGUUAUUGGACAAAGAUUAGUUUUAGAACCUUUAGCUAAAGCAUAUGAAAAAAAUGGUCAAACUUUGUCUAACUUUCACGGCCUUCGUGAUUAUUAUGCAUUGGUGAAGCGUCUUUCAUUAAACGAAAUGACUCCGGGGAAUGUUCAAAUGGCACUAGCUCGUAAUUUUGGAGGAACCGAGAAUCAUGUCAAAUUAUGUAAUCAAUAUUUUGGAAACGUUCUAAAGAUGUUUAAUAAUCAUAAGCCAUGGAUAUAUGAACAAAUUCCAGUCGGACAAUUAAUUGAUUCAAAUUUAAAUGAUUCUGAUGCACGCCAUUUAAUGGUUAUCAGUAAAAGUGAUUCAAUUGUAAAUUUGCUGACUUAUCAGUUAAGGAGGAGAGAUUUGGAUCCUGUUAUAAUUCUAGGAUCACAAUUUCCUGACGAUCAAGAAGAUUACUAUUAUAGUGUUUUGAGGAGAAUCAUGAUGUGCGUUGAAGCAGGCAGACCAUUAAUUUUAACAGAUUUAGAAACAAUUUAUGGGAGUCUUUACGAUUUAUGGGAUCAAAAUUAUAUUGUGGUGGGAAAUAAAGAUAAUGUCAAAUACUUUACGAGAGUUGCACUUGGUGCAUAUUCCAACCCUAUGCUUUACGUUUCUCCGAAUUUUAAAUGUAUUCUUGUUAUGGAUGAGACUAAAUUGGCUUUGGCUAAUCCUCCACUUCUUAAUCGAUUUGAAAAACAAAGAAUGUCGAUUAAUGACUUACUUGAUGAUAAGCAAAAAUUACUUGUUGAAUAUUUAGACAAUUGGACAAAUCAAAUUACAACUUUGGUUAAGGCUAAUUCAGUGACUGGUUUACAUAAUAGAUUCACCAAAGAGGAUUUAUUCAUUGGAUUUGAUAAAGAUGAAACUUUACAAAGUUUAAUGUUUUACAUUACAAAGAAUAACCUUGAAGCUAAUGAUAAUGAGAUUUUAGAAAAAUGUAAAGAAUCAUUAAUUGCAAUAGCUUCUGCUGAUGGGAUUAUAAGAGCAGAAUUAUCAAUUUUAGAACAAGAUGAAGUUGAUCGGUGGAAACAUGUUUAUUUCAAUCAAAAUCAUAAUUGCCUUUCCAAUUAUUUUGACGCUUUAUUUGGUCUGUUUGAUCCCGAAGGACAAUUAGUAAUUAUAAAUACAUUUUCUAAGAUUUACACAGAUUUCAAAUCUAGUUUGCAAGAUUAUUUGAGAUAUCAAGCGCAUAACUUGUCAAUCAUUAAGACCGAAGUUCAAAUAUCAAAAAUAGUAAAAGAUUUCUUUUUUGAAUCAAUGGAUCAAGUUUUAAUCCUUCAGUGUGAUAUUAAUACUAUUAAUAUUAAAUGUGUCAAAUUAGCGAAGUAUAUUAUUGAACAGUUUCGAAGCGAAUUUUUGGCCAAAAAAGAAGCAUAUGAAAUAAAUAUGCCUAUUAAGCAUGCAUGUAUAAUAUUUCAUAUUCGACGAGAUUAUGAAUCAAAUUUAAUAAAAUCCAAUUUCAUUUGUGGCUGGAAACAAAUUACUAUUGAAACGUUAAAAUCACAAGAGGCACCGUUAAUGGAUUUUUUGGAUAAGCCUUUAUAUGAAAUAAUUAACUCUGAAUUUUUUGAAAAAAUAGUUGGUUCAACAAAGCCAUUUGAAAAAAUAUUGAAAGAUGAAUUAUUAUGGUGCUUAUCAUGUAUAAAAUAUCAACAUUCCAAUGUAAAUUAUAUCAGUACGUUGAGUAAUCAAAUUUUAAGCAAUUUGAUUUUUGUAAAUUGUAUUAAAACUAAAACUUUUGAAUGGGUUUUAGAAAAUUGCAAAAAUUGGCAAUAUGAAGUAGUUUUAGAUAAAACGUAUUUAUCAAAAUUUACUUGCUUAUCACUGGCUUUACAAGAUUAUAUAAGAAUAAUUAUUAAACAGACUGUUGCUAAAAUUAUAUAUUCACUCGAAAAUUUAUCAGCAUUAACUACAUUUUUCAAUUAUAACAAUAAGGAAUCUAAAAUAAAAACUGAAUUAUCCGAUUUAUGGAAACAUUUCUUUAUGGAUAAUACAACAAUCAAUAUUAAUAACUUAUGUGAACCGAAACCUUCUAUAUAUAAAAUAUCACACUUAAUGAUUAAUGAUCUUGAAUUUCCUUUUUCAUACUAUUUCUUGGAUCAAAUUAACUUCUAUAAAAAGUUAUAUUAUGAAGAACUGGAUAUUUUAAAACAAGUUUUAGAAAAUGAUGAUGGAUUAAUUGAAAAUCAUCUUGACGAUUUUAAAAACAAUUUGAUUUCUAUAUAUCCGAACUUUGAAUAUUUGCAAAAAUAUUCGGAGUUGUAUUAUAAUGAUUUUAUUAAAAUUAAUUUAUCAAUUUAUUCAACGAAAUUGGAUUUUAUUUUAAGACAUUUAAUUGGAACUGAAGAUAAAAUUGUAAACCCAUUUAUUCUUCAUAUUUAUUGGUGGAAAUAUGCUGCAGAAAUUUUAAUUCAAUUAAAAUUGGUUGAAACAUUUCCAGAUCUUAUUACAAAGGCUCAGAAUGAUUUUAUUGUAUAUGGUAAACUUGAUCGAUUUCUUUUCAAUGAAUCAAUUAACUUGAUUUUAAAAAAUAUAUGUGAUGAUAAACCAUGGAAACAAGAUAUGGAUUUCAUUUCAUCCAUAUAUUAUAAAAUCAAUGAUUCAAAGAAUUUUUCAAACUUGCACUUAUUAUUUAUAUGUAAUGAUUUAUUAAAAAUUAAUACAACUCCACUAGAAAAAGUCAAAGAAAUUAUUAAUUUAGGAAAAUCCACCAAAAACAAAGAAAUUAUUACAACUGAAAUUAUCAAUUUAGUAUUUAGUAAUUUAGACAAUAACAAUAAUGAAAUUCCUAUUACAUCAUUUAUUAAAAGAAGCCUUAACCUUAUUUCUUUGGAAUCAGAAAUUCGUUUAACUCUUUACAAACAUAUAUUUUCACAAUAUUCUUUCAAACUAAUGAAUAAUGGUAUAAUUGAAAAAAUAUUUACUACUGAAAUCCAACAAAACAAACAAAUAUUUUUCAUAUUAAUUAAGAAUUCUAAAAAAGCUUUACAAUUUUCAAUUAGAUUGAAAACUAUUAAUGAUAAUAUUAAAGACAUCAACUCAAAUAUGGCUUGGUCUUGCUGUGAAAUAAUUCAAUCAAUUUUCAAUCAAUUUGAAUUAAGUGAAUUGUUACCUUAUUUUAAGAAUUCAAUUGAAUCAUUUACAAAUCAAGAAGAUUUGCUUUUGCAACAAAUAACUUCAAUUGCAUUUUUAAAAGAAUUUAUAAAUAAAUACUGGAAGAAUUACUUUCAAAAAGAUAAUUCUUUAUCUAAGUCAUUAAUUAAAGAAAUUAAUAAUGUUAUGAAAAUCAGUGUUAAUCUAUUUAUGCAUUCAAUACGAUCUUAUUUUAUGCUAAUUUUAUAUCAGCAAAGUUCUUUUGAUAUAAAGCAACUCGAAAUAUUAAAGAAAGAGUUUACAUUUUUUGAAAAUUUCACAAAUAUAGAGUCAAUUACAAAUAUGGAAAUGUAUUUUCCUCCUAAACUUUGGAAAUCAAUCAUAAAAGUGAAUUUUAAAGAUUUUCAUACAUAUUAUAAUAAUAAUUUGGAUAAAUAUCCUUUACUUUCAGUAUUUUUUAAACAUAAUAAGAACUUAAAUUUCAUUAAACAUCUUCGUCCAAUUAUUAGAUUUGUAAAAAUUUUAAGCUUUAAGCUUGAAUAUCAUUUAACUAAAAAAACAGCUCAAAUCAUGACAUUUCAUGAAUUUAUUAAAAAAGAAUCUGCAGAUGAUAAUGAAUAUGUCAAUUUAAAAUCUUUAUUUGAAGAAUUUGCUAUUAGUUGGAAUUAUAUUAUUAGCCAUAUUGAUCAAUAUCAAUCUGAAGAAUUACUUAAUAAGCCACAUAUGAAUCUUGAACUUCCUGUAAUUUUUGGAUUAGUUGAGCAAAAAAAUAAUGGAAUUUACUUAUGUGCAAUUUUAGACUUUUUAAUUAAAUUGCACAAUGAAUUUUUAGAUGAUAUUAUAAAUAUUCCAAUUGAAGAAUGUAAAAGCCUUAACUUUAUAAAGAAUUUGUCUUGGAAUUAUUUAAAUUCUAAAAUGUAUUUUAUUAUAUCUACGGUAGCACAAGCACAAGAUGAUAAUUUUAUUAAUUAUGAGUGGAAUGAUAAGAUUUUAAAGUAUAAUCAAAGAAAUAUGGGUAUAAAGGGAAAUGUAAACUUUAUAUUUGAUUUACAAAAAAUCGAAAUGAAAUUAGCAAGAAAAUUAGUUAUUGAUAAAGUUUAUUUUAAAAUGGAAAAUAAUCAAUUUUAUUUAAAAAACUUUUCAUUCAAAUAUGAAUUAUUUCAUAACUCUCCAAAAAUUCUUUUUGAUAUUAAAAAAGUAUUACAACAAGUACCUAUCCCGGGAGAUAAAAUUCUAAUGAUAUUGACAUUCUUUCAGCAAUCAAAUUCUUCAAUAAUUUUAAAUAGUUCAACAAAUUUAGUUAAUCUAUCUGAUUUACUUUUUCUUUUUGAAAUAAUGCUCUGUUUUAUUAAAGAAUUAUCAAUUCAAAAUAAUAAUAUGCUUAUUUUAGAUUUUGUUGACCAAUGGUUGAAAUUAGCAAGAUAUAAUAUAGCAUCUAUAGAUAUACUUAAAGAGUUUUCUUUAAAACAUAUUAUUGCAUAUUAUGUAUUAAUUGAAGAACAAGUUGCUAAUUCAAUAAUUCACAAUAUAGAUGAUAAAUUUAAAAUUCAAUUAGUGCAGCAAAUGAAGGAUUCAAUCAAUAAGGCUGUGAGUUAUAAUAGUCAAAAUCAACAACUUAUUCCUGCUAGGGCAUUGGUUCUUGCUUUGAAAAGAUUUAUUUAUAGAUUUUUAUUAGUUAAUUCUAAUAUUGAAAAUCAGAAUUUAAAUACAUAUAUUUUGGAUUUCACUUUAGAUUUAUGGACUGAUGAUAUUAAACAAGAAUUGAUUAAAAAAUUGUUUCCUACUUGUUUAUUAGUAUCUCAUGCUUAUAAUGCUUACACAUUUAUUGUUAAUGAAAUUGAGGGAGAAGGAAAUAAUGAAAGUUUUGCAUCGGCAUAUUCAUUAACUGCAAGAAAAAAUUUGAUUAAAAAAUUUAAGAAGUUUACAAGUUAA